AUGGAGGAAGAAAGACGCGGCGCCAGUGGCAGCGAGGUACCGGUGGUGCAGCUGGAGGAGGCGGUGGAGCUCUUGGUGGAGCACCUAGUGGUGCCGGUGCUGCCGCUCGGGCAGGUGGACCGGGAGGAGGCCCUGUCGCCGGAGACUCAGGAGGCCGUGGCGCGUCAGGUCCAUGCGACGGUUCUCCUGUACAACUACUACCACCGGAAGCAGUUCCCGCAGCUCCAGUUUGCGAGCCCCGACCGGUUCUCCAUGUCCGCUUCCCUCACCGUCAGCAACAAGAAUCUACUCAUGUACCUGAACGUAGUAGAGGCGGCGGGGCUAUCGGUUACUGACAAGGCAAUCAUCGACGCCUGCGACAUUGCUGAGGCGCUCGACCCCACCAAGGACUCCCCCGAGAUGAUCAUGUGGCCGAUCUCCAAGGUCGCUGUUCUGCUUCUCAAUCGAACAAAGAAAGCAUGCUUGCUCGAGCAUGGAUCCAAAACCAAGGGAGUCUGGUCGAUAUUUGAGAAAGAUAUCAGCAGUGACAUAUCGGUGCAGGGGUCGAGUAUUAAAUCUACGGCACUUCCUUCUGAACCAUACAUGCUUCAGCGGAUUGCAUAUUCAGAGGUGGAGCGCAAAACAGGUAUGAAGCGUACACAUUUGUGUUUUAUCGAAGAACAUCGGGUGUACUCACUGAGUAAUAAAGGGACAACUACCAUGUUGUUCCUUAUGCACUAUGAUCAGACUGUCGAUAGCAAGCUUAAAGAAAUGCCUUUAGAUGCUGUGAUCGAAAGGAUGAGUGGUCCUAUAUUUGAAAGUGGUUCAUACCCAAGAACGACAUCUGUUGUUGAUUGCUAUCAUUUACUACCAUAUAAGGAGGUCUUCUUGAACAUCCUGAACAGGGACUGGCCUUUGGAAUCUUCACUGAGCGUGCCAAAGGAACAAGAAGUUAACAGUAAUAGCAAGUCCAAAAUGAAAAAAAUAACCACUGACGUUUCAACUCCGAAGAAAAAUAAGCAGGUGUCCAAAAUGAAAAAAAUAACCACUGACGUUUCAACUCCGAAGAAAAAUAAGCAGGUGGUAAAAGCAGUUGGUGAUAGUGGCACCAACAACUGUAGCACCAGCAAAAACAGAACAGACAGCAACAGGAACUGCAAAAGAAAAUUUGAAGCCUUGACUAAAGUUGCUACCUACGCAGAGCAUGUGGAUGGUCAGAGCCCCACAAAAUACUUACAAGCCAGUGUCCAAAUGGACAAGAACAGACCAGAGAACAACUCUAAAAGUAGAAAUGUGCCCCAAGAUAUCAUUCCGACACCAGAUGUUGAUCAUGUAAUUAGCGACCAUGCCUUGAAAAGCCGAAAGGAGAAACUAACUGAAAAGUCUGGUGGCAUCACAGGUAACAUGAAUGUUCAGAGGUAUACAACACUGCAAUUACUUCAGAAGAUGCGAGAUGAUACACUCCAUGAGCAUUUUGUGCUUGGAGAUCGAAGUGCUGAGUACGAAAUGGACAUUAAAACAAUCUUGACAGAUAAAAUGGACAUUAACAGUGUGAAAUCAAAUGAUCUUGUUGCAAACAACUUGUCUUUCCAUUCUACAAUGUUACUAAACAUAGCACGAGGCCCUUGUACUCUUAGGCUUCGAUUUGUAUAUGUGAACCUUAGUCCCGAAUGA